GUGCCUACGUUAUUCAUAUCAAAUCUAUGGCUUUCCGGUCGAAUAACGAGCUGGUGAAGCAUCUGAAAGUCAAGGGUGUCGUGAAAAGUGAGCAAGUAGCUCUUGCGUUGAAGUCAGUUGACCGAGGGAAAUUCUGCCCUGUCAGACCGUACGACGAUUCACCACAACCAAUCGGAUACAAUGUGACUAUCAGUGCUCCUCACAUGCAUGGCAAAUGUCUUGAACUACUGGUCAAUCACUUGAAGGAAGGCUGCACUGUGUUGGAUGUGGGGUCUGGAAGUGGAUACCUCACAGCAUGCAUGGGCAUUAUGGUUGGACCAACUGGACGUGCUAUAGGAAUAGAUCACAUUCCUGAGUUAGUUGAUGAGUCAAUAAAAAAUGUGAAGAAAAGCAAUCCGGAUCUCCUUAGUAAUGCAACUGUGAAAUUGAUUGCUGGUGAUGGUAGACUUGGUUAUGUAGAAGGUGGUCCUUAUGAUGCCAUUCAUGUUGGUGCUGCAGCUGCUGUUGUACCUCAGCCACUUAUUGAUCAGUUGAAGCCAGGUGGAAGGUUAAUAGUUCCUGUUGGCGAAGAGGGGCGGUCACAAAAAUUACAGCAAAUUGAUAAGAGUUUGGACAGUCAGAUUGUCCAGAGGAACAUUAUGGGAGUGGUCUAUGUGCCUUUGACAGAGAAAAAGAAACAAUGGCCAGGUUACUGGAAGUAGUGUGAUAAGACGAGAAAAGUGCUUCGUGAAGAUAUAGUAUUGGAAAACAGUAUGAUACAGAGGAUGAUAAUUAUUACACAUGCUUAAAUUACAAUAAUUUGCUGAAAUUUGGAGGUACAGUACUCUGAACAUAUAUGUUUGAAGAAUUUAUAAGCUAUUUGCUGCA